CCAAUCUGCAGCAGAGACUUACCGGAGCGUGUUGCGGCGGCGGCUGGGCUUGCAAGGCGCGAUCCAGGAGGGAUUCGAGCAGCCUAGAGCCCCAGAGAAAAAAAGAGCGCGAGAGAACCACACACAGAGACGGCUUAACCGUUUAUCCGAAUUAAAUACAUAUAUAUAAAGAACUGUUGAGUUUUAUCAUUUUCGUUAAGUGACCGUGCGCAGCGCUAUAACUGCAAAAUGGGGAAACAGAAUAGCAAACUGGCCCCCGAAGUGAUGGAGGACUUGGUGAAGAGCACAGAGUUUAAUGAGCAUGAGCUGAAGCAGUGGUACAAAGGGUUUCUCAAGGACUGUCCGAGCGGGAGGCUGAAUCUGGAGGAAUUUCAGCAGCUCUACGUGAAGUUCUUCCCUUAUGGAGACGCUUCCAAGUUUGCCCAGCACGCAUUCCGAACCUUUGACAAGAAUGGGGACGGCACCAUCGACUUCCGAGAGUUCAUCUGCGCCCUGUCCAUCACCUCCAGGGGCAGCUUUGAGCAGAAGCUGAACUGGGCCUUCAACAUGUACGACCUGGACGGCGACGGCAAGAUCACCCGAGUGGAGAUGCUGGAGAUCAUUGAGGCUAUCUACAAAAUGGUGGGCACUGUGAUCAUGAUGAAAAUGAAUGAGGAUGGCCUCACGCCCGAGCAGCGGGUAGACAAGAUUUUCAGCAAGAUGGAUAAGAACAAAGAUGACCAGAUCACACUGGAUGAAUUCAAAGAAGCUGCAAAGAGCGACCCUUCCAUUGUAUUACUUCUGCAGUGCGACAUUCAGAAAUGAGUGAGGUCAACGCUAUGGACUGCACAAGUCUCAAUGUUCCAUUCAGUCUGCAGCUAUUCUCUCUCUCUCUCACACACACACACACACACAACACAUACACACACACACACACAAAUAUUGCUUGGACUACCUAUAAAUGGACUUGCUUCUUGUGUUUGAAACACUUGUGUGCAUGAGAAUGUCAUUUGCUAAUGAAUUUUAAAAGCAUCUAUUAUAAAACAAACAACCUGCCACAAUGUGAUAUGUGUAAUAUCAUUUCAUAAAAUCCCCCCUCCUCCAAAGCCUGGGCAGAAAUGUGCUGCAAAGAGUUCUAUGAUUUCUUGUUCAUGUUUUGCUGAUGCUCGUGUCUCCUUGAUUCCAUAAUGUUAGUAGCACUGAGAUCCCACGGUAAUGUAACAAUUAUAAGCUGUGUCACCAUUCUCCCGUAAAAUAGUACUGGACAGACACACCAAGGGGCCCUUGGCUCCUCUGUGUGGUCCACACACAAGAGCUUGUAUCAUCAGUGAACAUAAAUGUGCUACAUUUGCAUGCCUUUUAGGUUUGCCUUAAUUCUUACCUCAUUUGCAUCCUAUCAAUCUGGAAAGAGCUGUGUUGGAAUUAAUGCAGUAUAAAACUUAAAAAUCUUGCUAAAUGACUCAUUAAGUAUAUCUAUCUAUAUAUAUACAUAUACACAAAGAUAUUAUUUAUUGAAAUUAAAAAAAAAGAUGGAAGUGUAUUGAUUUCUGCUUGAAUUUUCAAAGGCUUCCAAAGAGUUGGCAACAGAUGUCCCAAAUAAAUUUCUAACAUUUGACUUUUUCCC